AUGGAGAUCACAGGAUUAUUUGGUUGCCAUAUCACCGUUAAAAACGAAGGAAAUAGAAAAGAACCCUCAUCGGAACAGGUUCAAAAGUUUUCAGACUUGUGCAGACAAGUUUUAAAGUGUAAGCCUGUAUUGGUCUUGUAUCCGAGUGAAGAAUAUUAUCCGAUUGAGUCUAUAAAAAACAGACCUCAAGAAUUGAUGAGUUCCAGCUACCAUUCAGGAAAGAAAUCAGAUGUUUUAACUACCAUCCUCAAAAUGGCAGAAAUAAUCAAAGAGAAUGGUUUUGAACUAUUGAGGGUCAAGUUGGAGGCUAUGGCUAAUUGUAAGAAUAUUGAAAGUGAUGCUUCAUCAAAUAAUAAUAACAGUGGAGAUAACGUCAAAUACUUUGAAUAUCAUACCAAAAUUUACUUGAGAGGUGAUGAUUAUGUACAACAAUUGAAACAUUUAGAUGAAUUAUUAAUUCAAGAAAAGGUUGCCAGAAGUCAAAAUCUACUCGGAAAACACUAUGACCCUUGUGGACACUUGUUGACCUUCAGAUGGUUUAGUCAAAUCCCAAAGAGCGAAUGUGACAGACAACACAAAGAAUUUCUUGACAAAUUGAACAAGCAUUUCAAUGGAGGAGUUGGCAUUGAGAGUGCUGAAACUGAAAAAGAGUAUGCUGUAUAUGAUUCAAAUAUCUAUGUUGACCAAGGUUGGGCUCCAAUUUCUCCAACUGAGUAG